GUGAAUCUAGAGUUCUAGAUACUAAUUCCAUUUCCCUUUCUGCCUUCAUUUAUAGAGAAAUAAAUUGUGUUAUGCAAGAAUAUUUUAGCAUUUCAUUCCAUAUUUCCGUUCGCACAGCACCGCUCCAUAAUCGCAUUGUUGGCAAGCAUGCGAAGUCAUUCAGCACCAUCUGUUCAGUGUUUUGAUUUACCGUUUCUUGCAUGUUUACAAGAUCAACGUUCGGGUUGAUUAGUGAAUGAUUGAAUUUUCUGUUGCAGUGUGAAGGGAGCUUGUAAUAAUUAGCAUAUAGAAAGAGCAGGAAAUUUUAAACCUUACAAAUGUCUAUCAGACUGAAAUUGUUGGGCAUAGUAGAUGUUAUUUUGCGAGUUCCACCGUUGUUCAUUAUGGACGAGUUGUUAAGAAUUGGACUAGGAUUACCACAAGGUGACAGUAAUUAUGACAAUUCAUCUUAUGAAAUUGACGAUUCUCUUGUGCCAGAUGGGCAAAGUAAAUCAGAAUUCUCUCUUCCUGUCAGUCAAUAUGAUGAUCAAUUUUACAAGGCAUUUGCUAUUACUGUCUUCAAGUUCUUUUUUUCAUGUUUAGGCAUUGUUGCUGCAAUGUGCAUAUUCAUGUUAUGGACAAAACAUCUCGUUAUUGUCUACAUGUACUUAAUAUCUCUUGGCAUAGUUUUUGUGUCUUAUUGGUCAAACGUGAGUACAAUGAAGACUGUGAUUGCCACGAUGACAGCAAAUGGAACUUCAACUAAGAUAGUUACCAAUAGCAUACUUGAAGAUGUAUUAUCUUUAAACCUUCGCAGACUUUUGGAUCCAGAAGGUUGUGGAUUUGUUGUGGUUCAGAAUUAUGCCCUGCAAACUAUAUUGGCCUUCAUUUUUAUGUAUGUGCACUUGGGGCCUCGAUACUCUUUAGUACAGAAAUUAUUGCCUAUAAGUUUUAUGGCUCCCUCAUUUUUAGCUAUUUUACCGUUACCUUUGUCAGUUCUUCAUCAUGCUCCAGUUUUUGCGGCAUUGCUGCCUCUUGCUCUGGUAAAAUUUGUCUUGUGGUAUAGUGCACUAACUGUAGUUCAAACUGUCUAUGGUGGUUAUCAACAUGCCCGACAUUUUGUGAAUAACUUUGGAGUUUCAGCUCUGGUAGAAACAGAAUGGAUUCGUUUGAAUGUUCCAACUGUGCUGAGAACAUUCUGGAUGCUUAGAGUAACAGAGCAAGCUAGCACACUCCUAAUAGAUCAUGUUGCUUCUGGUGACAGUGGUGUACCAAGUGUCGUGAAUUUUGGAACUUUUCUAGAAAUGAUGAGAGGAUUGCUCGUUAGUGGCUGCGAGACUCUGACUGCAGUCCUUGGUAUGACAAGUAUUGUGUCAUAUAUUUGUCAUUACAUUGGAUGCUUUUUCCAAUGGGUUUUACUAACUGAAGAUGAUGAUGAUAAGAGCAUUGGAACUGUAUCAGCUAUUUUAUUUUACAUUUUGGCACUACAGACGGGUUUAACUGGUCUGGAUCCGGAAAAAAGAUUUGUUCGUCUAUGUCGGAAUUUCUGUCUUCUGUUUACAGCUCUCUUGCAUUUUAUACAUAAUAUUGUUAAUCCCCUUUUGAUGUCCCUCAGUGCAUCUCGUAAUCCGUCACUACAUCGGCAUAUUCGGGCAUUGUCUGUUUGUGCAUUUUUAAUAUUAUUUCCUGUCUCUCUUCUUGCAUAUCUUUGGUCCCAGCAUGCAAUGAGCACAUGGUUAUUAGCAGUUUCUGCAUUCAGUGUGGAAGUCAUUGUGAAAGUAGUUGUUUCACUAAUGAUAUACACACUUUUCUUAAUAGAUGCUUAUCGUAGUACUUUCUGGGAAAAAUUGGAUGAUUAUGUUUACUAUAUACGAGCAUUUGGCAAUACAGUUGAAUUUUGUUUUGGAAUAUUCUUGUUCUUUAAUGGUGCUUGGAUUUUGAUAUUUGAAUCGGGUGGCGCCAUACGAGCUAUCAUGAUGUGUAUCCAUGCAUAUUUCAAUAUUUGGUGUGAGGCACGAGCUGGUUGGAAUGUAUUUAUGAAAAGACGUACUGCUGUCAAUAAAAUAAACUCUUUACCUGAGGCAGAUGAAGAUCAGUUGAGACGUUUAGAUGAUGUUUGUGCAAUAUGCUAUCAAGAAAUGAAGAGUGCAAAAAUAACAAGAUGUAAUCACUUCUUUCAUGGUGUAUGUUUGCGAAAGUGGUUGUAUGUUCAGGACAGGUGUCCUUUGUGUCAUGACAUUCUGUAUAAAGUAGAUUCAGACUCGCCAAAAGAGAGUGUAGAUCACAGUGAGGGAUUUCCAGACUUAAGUAACAUAGGAGAACAACAACAGACACAACAACAGCAACAGUCAUCUCAAGACAAUGUUAACCAAAGUGAGUCAGAACCAACACCGUCAGCUUCCAUGGCUGCAACCUCUGAAAAUCGUGAUGAAUUUGUCAUUUUAAGUGCAGGACAACAGAAUGUUCAAAAUGCAGUAAAUGUUCAAAGGUGAAGACAUGUGACAAUUUUAGAAACUUAUUGCUUACAUGAAUCCUGGGAAAGUGACAUUUUAUUUCAUAAUUAUUCAUCCCUUACGAUAAUUUGAAUGAAAGGAAGACGAUCUCAUUCAUAUUUAUUUAUAAGUUAUCAUGCUACCAGUGAGUGAAGGACCUCUGAAUGAGAUAAAUAACAUUACAAUAUUACAUUUGGUUUUCAAAAUUUUAAUUGUUUGUUAGACAAUGUUAAAAGCUUCAAAGGAAAUGAAAAUAAUUUUCUGAAGUGUAGCCAUAAGAUGUGCUUCCCGUUUUUCCGCUUUAUUAUAUUUAAGCAGCAAGCGAUAAACAAAGUUUAUAAUUAACUCCAAUUGUGCAUAUAUUUGUAAAUAGAAAAUCAUUGAGUCAGUACCAUAUUUUGUGUUUCUUUUAUUAUAUACAUAUAUUUUUCGUAUUGCUAUUUUUUAAUGUAAGGACAAUUUGUAAGAAACUUAUUUAUUUGUAAGAAAGUGAAGCACAAUACUUUUUGUAUUGCAUUCUUUUCAACAAUGUGAUUUUUAUAUUUUUCUUUCUUAUUGUUUGUACCAUUCUUUGUAAUUCAAUGCAGAGAUGGUGUAAAAAUGUGAAAUAUUUAUUUGGUGAUGUGUUUUCCUAAGCAGGCCUCAUUCAAAUGGACUGAGUUUUAUGGAGGUCUCUUUAACUGUACUGAUAGCUGAACGACUGUGUAAGUAUUGUCCAAGACAAACCUGUGUGAUAUGCCUCUAGUGUGAUAUAAAUUAUUUGGAAUGUGUUACAGUAACAUAACCUAUUUUUGUCAAAGUUGCAGUUAUUUAAUCUAUUAUUACAGUUAACUAUCAUGAUAAACAAGAAACAAACAAACAAAAAACACUUCAGUUAUAUUUUGGGAAAUUUGUUGAGCAACUGUUUUUCCCCCCCUGAACUGUAGUAAAUUAAAUCAAUCUGUUUCUUAGUUGUUUUCACUCAGAAAAUGAGCAAAAUUGGAUAUUUCAUUACUGAAAAAUUGGUAUAAAGUUUGUGUUUUGUAAGAACCUACAAGAUCUUAUUGAAAAUAUUUUAUGAAAAUGCUGUUUCAGCUUGUUCACGUCUAUUUCUGUCAUUGGUACUGUGUGUAAAGAAAACUAUCAUACCUAUCAUACAUAUUUGGUGUUCUCCAAUGAUAUACUUGGAAACAUAUGAAAGUAUUCUUGUAUUCAAAAGUAGUCAGAAAUAUUCUCUAAUAGUAUAUAUAUUAUUGUUCUUGUAAUUUCCCUUAACAUCGGUUUCCAAGUGUGCCAUUGUACAAUUUGUCGAUCUACUUUGCUCUGUAUAAUGAAAAUAGACUGUGAAAAAGAUUGAGAUGUUGACUCAGCCAUAUUGACUAGGCAGUUGAAAAUAAAUGACUGUGAAUUUGUGACUUCGUUUUGAUUUUAAAAUCCCAAAACCUUUCUGAAAUAAAAAUAAAAUAGAAAAAAAAAUGUUUUAUCGAGGUUGAACUUCC